GGCGCCUUCGACGGCAAAAAGUCGACAAAGAUGCGUCCGCCUAUGCGCUCGAGCAUCGCCUGUCUGCGAUGCCGCAAGUCAAAGAUAAAGUGCGAGAACAACGGCGGCUCAAGUCCUUGUGACGGCUGCAUCAAGACGGGCAAGCAGUGCAUAUUCCAGCCGCCAGAGGGCAAUCCUUCGCCACCCAAACGGAUCGAGCCACCGGUCGUCACGAAGCAGGACCGUGACGGAGGUUCCGACAGAAAGAGACUGAAGAGGAUUGACGAGAUCGCCAAGUCUGAUGGCCAGAAGGGCAUCACCUACGCCGAGGAGGUACUGUCUGCGCCGUUCUUGACCGAGGACGUCUGGGAUCAAGUCCUCGACCUUUACAAACUGCACUUCGCGCCAGAAUUGCCUUUCUUGCAUCUGCCGACCAUGAAGGAGCGCCUCGGCUGCAAGUUCCGGUCGUCUGACUCGGUGGAGGUCUCCCCGGAGUUCAACCUCGUGCUGCUUGGUGUGCUUGCAUUGACGGCACGCUUUCACACGGACCUCGUGAAGUAUCUUGCGCACAUCACCAACAAUCAGCCAGGCAACGUGCGGUCACGGCCCAUGCAGACGCAGGUUGACCCUUCUACGGCAUCAGAAUAUUAUGCCGAGAUCUUGAGCAUGGCUCUGGGACCAAUUCCAAAGACAGCUUCUGUUGAGCGCGUGCAGGCCAUGCUCAUGUUGGGUCUCUACGAAUGGGGCCAGACAAGACCGAAGCCGGGUGGUUUGGGUGCUUGGAUGUCCAUUGGCGGUGCGAUCAGAUUGGCCCAAUUCCUCAAGCUCGGUCUCGUCGACCAAGCGACCACCCCUUCAGACACACCCAACGACCACAGCUCUGCCUCUGACUCUCAUGUCAUUCUUGAGAGAGAAGUCAGGCGACGCACCAUGUUUGGCUGUUUUGUUCUGGACCGUAUGCUCGCAUGCGGGAAAGGCAGGGUCACCAUGAUCCAGCGGGAAGACCUUUCUAUCCAGUUGCCGUGCUCGGAGGACAAGUUCGAUCUUGCUAUUGAGGUCAACACAGGGAUGCUGCCUCGGAGCAGCCUUGAAGAGUCAGAUCGGCGGGAUGUCAACGAUGAUAGUGUUUUGAGCAGGUUCAUCCGCUUGGUCGACAUAUGGGGCGAGAUCUCCAAGUAUAGUUCAGCAGGGGGUCGCCUCACCGAGAAAUUCCCACCCUGGGAUUCCCGGACGACCUUCCAUCAGCUCAACCAACGACUAAAAGUCUUCGACGCGUCUCUGCCGGGUGCAUUCAAAUUUUCGGAGUCGAACUAUCGCAAACACGAAAACCACCAGGCCUCUAGCGCCUACGUUCUCCUACACGUUCUCCGAUGCAUCUCUCUCAUUAUGCUCCACCGGGAGUACAUACCGUUUGUUCCAAUCCGAUGCAAAGGGCCCGAAGGACCCCGCGACGAGCCAACAUUCCCUCAGAAAGAGUACAAUUGGCCUCAGGGCUUCUGGAGUGAGAGCGCAGAGCAUGUAUUUCGUGCAGCGAAGGAUAUCGUGGAGCUCAUUGAGAUCUGUGAACGCAAGAAUCGGCUGCCUCAAUCUACUCUCGUGCUCUUUGGGAUCUGGACUGCCGCGUUCGUCGGUCUAUAUGCUCACCAUUUCCCCCAGAUGGACGAGAAACAGCACCUGAUGGGCGAGCAGGUUGUGCGGAAGGCUGAUCCUUCCAUUCCUCAAGUCUACCAACAGGGGCCUACCGCGAUCGCGUACAACACUCUUGACAAGAUGUCGACAUGGCUGAAGAUGGCGUCCACCUACGUAUCGAUUCUGCUCCAGAUGGACAAGUACUUUAUCGGCAUCAAGCGCGAAUUUUUCAAGCAUGAAGACCGGAAUCAGACCGAUCUUGCGGAGACAGCCAGGAUGGCCACCAGUAGAGUGCGUGAUGGUGGCUCAGGCGGCGGUUUGGAGGAGUACGAGAUGAUGCGGCCACAGCUCAAAGACUUUGGCGCGCUCAACCCAGUUGACUCGGACAGAUCCAGAUCCAGCACUGUUGAUCGCGCCUCUUCCCUCGGAGCCGAAAGUCAAGGACCCGUCUGCACCCCAAAGUCAAUGCCGUCGUCUUUCACGGCAAUCAACCAUGGACACAACCUGAUUCUCCCCGCUCCAUCAGAGUCGACUCAGCAGGCCAACGGUACACUUCCAGAGAUGCUUAUCCCGAGCCAUGGAGAUGCUCCGAGGCUUCGAACGCACGGGGCCUGCAGUCUCCGGUAGAAGGCAAUGGAAGCACGACGAAUACGACGGCGACUAAUGGUGGACACCAGGGCAGCGAAAGCAUCUUCCCAGCUUCACUGACCACCGACGAGCUCUAUGCUCACGAGAAUCAGCGCAUGCACUGGGAUGUGGACACCUGGCUGUGUGGAGACAUUGGCGACCUACCCGGGCACUUUUGGGCACCAAACGCGCAGAGAUAGAGCUCGACAUGCUGGUCUGCAGUUCCCGGAUUUUUCACUCAAGUCUGUACCGCCCGUCCGCAUCUCCCUAGCGCAACGGGACAGCUGGCCCGUGGGGUUAUGAGGCCCUUUCUCAGCUUUGCACUUACUAGGUCAUCUCUUUUUUCACUUGCUUCGAUCCUGCGAACUCGCCGCGUACCUGGAGGAGCCGCGGCUCACCAAGGCGGUAGCGCGUUGGCUGAUUACG